CACUAUAUUGGUUGCUGCUUUUUUAGGAACUGCUAACGUGAAUAACACGUGCAGGAUUUCCAUUGUGUGGGAUCAUAUUCCACCUUUUCUGAAACUACUCAGGAAUUCCGAUCAACUUCAAUGGCUGGGUUCGCAAAAGCAUUCAGCGCUGCGAGAGAUGCGGCUUCUACCGCCUGGGGCUGUACGAAACAGCUUCCGAACUCAUCAACAGACCAACCAAAGGCCGGAGAUCAAACUUCCCAAACCGUAGAUCUUCAAGCGUUUCUUUUGAAGCCAUCAGAAGAAAUCCUGAAUGGAAUGUUUACAAGUAUGGUCAAGAGCGGUGAGACGAUUCUGGAGAAUUGGAUGAAACGGGACGGAGAAGAUGUUGAGGUCUUUGAACAAUUCAGCCUGUUGGCGUCCGAAAUCGUAUCCAGUACUACUUUUGGAAAGAAUUGCUUGGAAACAAACGGAAAAUCUCUUGACAUAGGGAAAAACCUCCUUGGGAAACUCCUAGAGGCCAACCAAGAAAGUGAAAAGAACAAAAAGGUGUCAAUUGAGGAGGAAAUUUCACAUGAGUGCAAGGCAUUCUGCUUCGUAGGAUAUACUGCAACAACAUCUCUCCUCGGUUGGACGAUGCAUAUGCUAUCUAGAGACAAGAGCUUGCAAGAAAAAGUGAGGAAUGAAGUGAUUGCAAUAUUUGGCUGCGAAGAUCUCCAUCCAGAAGGCAUUGCAAAAUUGACAAUUAUGGAUAAGAUUCUUGAAGAUUGUGAAAGGUCAUACCCUCUAGUACCAUUCCUCAAAGUGAUGGUUGCUGAGGGAUACGAAGAAAAACAGCCUGACAAGGACAAAACAAAUCUGAUCACCUCUCAGUUGUUUGGUUGUGACCGUGGAACAUGUCUGGCGUUGGAUUUCGCAAAGAUUGAAGCUAAAGUUGUUCUUUCGAUGAUCCUGAGGCGUUUCUUGGUCACACUCUCCCCUGCUUACAUUCACUCCCCAGUCUAUAGCUAUAUGAUCACUCCAAGACAUGGUAUCAGAGUUAUUCUCCAAGUGCAGAGAGAAGAUAGUAAGACAAUGAAGAUCGUCAAAACUGUUGGUGUGGUUGCUGGUGUCGCUGUUGCAGCAUGGGGUAUAACAAAGCUGUUAGGUAGUUUCGGACUGGAUGAACCAGUUUCAAAACCUGAACAAAGAAAGAAGAUGAUGAAGAAUCCAGGAAGGCCUCACCAAGUCAUUGAAAGGAAUGGGUUUGAAUCAGCACCAGCAGCGCGCUUCAAGAUGAACCGUGAGCUGAAGAAAGCUGAGAAAUUAGCAAAGGCUGCGCUAGGAAUCAAAUAAAAGUAUUAUAUCGAGCCGCAUUAAUUAGUUUUGUUUACUGUUAUCCACAAGAUUAUGACCACUUUGUAAUGUCUUCUACAUUAUCGUACUUUUUGAAGUUGUGUCACUUGAGACCAAUCACCCUCUAAUUUCAUGGUCAGAUUACCCUGUAUUAUGUUAUCUUUAGUAUGGCUUAACUCUUGGAUCUAGUUUUAUGUGGUGUGUAUAAUCCACUUAAUUGUUGGACGCAAAAA